GAAACCGCCAGUCAUAUAAAUGAAUACAGUGAACCCUCGUUUUUCGCGUGGGUUGCGUUCCGAAAAGAACCCGUUAUAGGCGAAAUCCAUGAAGUAGUUACCUUUAUUUUUUACAAUUAUUAUACAGCAUAAUUAAAUACUCUACAUUGAAACCAAAAAACAAAGCCUGUUUUCAGGCCUAAGCAAAUUUUUUUUUAGCAAAUAGAACGCUUUCUUACAAAUAACUACAGUAAAACAAUCAUUUUAAUCAUCAAUACGAAGUACAGUAGGACGAAUUGUGACUCGCGUCACUUGGAUCUGGAUCUGGGUAAUCUAUCACUGUUCCUCUGACUGUGACGCUGCGGCCUGACUCCCGCUCUCUAGUGUCUUUUUCUUCUGAAGCCUGUAAUGCAGGUGUGUUUUUUCGAAAGAAGAACAUAGUUAUCGGUAGUUGUUGUCGCUCUUUUUUUCUUCUGGGCAAAAACAUUUUUAAAAAUUUGCUGUAUUACGUAUUUUUAAAUACCACAACGUUAUUGGCACACAGGUAGAGAAGAAGCGCGGAGACUGUUUAGUCAAUCAGGACACAGAAUACAAUGCUCUAUAAAAAAAAUCUGCACAAAAAAAUCCGCGAAGCUGCGAGUCCGUGAAAGGUGAACCGCGUUAUAGCGAGGGUUCACUGUAUACAUAUCUGAGGAUCCAGACACAUUACACAGAGGUUAUUGUCAACUCAACGGAGGGUCUCGCUUUUGGAGCUAAUUUUUUUUUCCCAAAUUAACCGAAAAGAGAGAAGAAGGAAAGAAAACAGACUUGGAUCUGGGUAUUCUAUCAUUUUCUUUUGAUUAUCUGAGAGUUGGACUGAAGAAACGGUCAUGGAUCCAGUUGUGGAAGUAGUGGCUUUGUUUCUGGGGUUCGUCGGAUGGAUAAUGGUCGGGGUCGCGCUGGCACAUCCUUACUGGAAGGUGGCCAGCGACGACGGGAACGUCAUCACCACCUCCACCAUCUACGAAAACCUGUGGAUGUCCUGCGCCUCGGAUUCAACCGGGGUCAGUGACUGCAGGGAGUUCCCAUCGCUGCUUGCCUUGAAUGGUUAUAUCCAGGCCUCCCGUGCCCUGAUGAUUGCAUCCAUGGUAUUGGGCACCUUCGGCCUUGUGGGGUCCCUGGUCGGAAUCAAGUGUUCAAGAUCAUGGGGAGAAAACUAUAUUCUCAAAGGGAGGAUUGCAGGCACCGCUGGGGUUCUCUUCAUCCUGCAAGGUCUUUGCACCAUGGUCUCGGUGUCGUGGUACGCCUUUAACAUCACCCAGGACUUCUUUGACCCCUUCUAUCCGGGAAUCAAGUAUGAAAUAGGAGAAGGACUUUACAUCGGCUGGUGCUCUGCCCUGCUCGCCAUUGUCGGAGGAGUCUGUCUCUCCUGCUCCUGCAAAGCAGGCACAAAGGAAAAAUACCCCUUGCGUUAUCAUGACAGAGGAAUAGUGUACUCUGGAGCUGCACCAAGCAGAAGCGCCGCAGCCAGCACUUAUGAACGAAACGCUUACGUCUGAGCAGGAUGGCAUUUUUCUGACAUCUUCUCACUUUUUAUUCUGUACAUAAAUCGUUCAUUGUUUUUUUUUUACUCUUUCUGCUGGCCUUGUUGUCCAUGGCUGUGAACUUGCACCAUUUGCUUACUGUUGGCAGUAACUGUAAUGUAUAGAGUCACAAUUUCUGAUGAAUUUCCUGUAUAAAUCAUUACUAAGGCCGAUGAUAUAAACACUGUACAGAGCUGUUUUGCUUUUCUCUCUGCCACAACACAGACUGAGUCAUUUUACCAUUUAUGUUUGAUGAAAUCAACAUGUGGGCAUUUACCAAAACAAUAAAUCAUGCUUUGAUCUUCAUAAACAAGGACAUAUAUUUAUGUGGUCAAAAUAGAGAUGUUUCUGGUUUAAUUUGUGUUGUUUUGUACAGUUUUGUAAUGUACCGUAAGGAGAGGAUGGAGAACAAUUGUUUUGCUUCAAUUGUAUUGUUUUUUUUUUACUAUUGAAGACAAUAAAAUAUGUGAACAAG